AUGGCUUGGUGGGAUCUGGGCAAGACAGCGAAAGCGUCUGGAGAGGAGAACUUGAAGCUCUUUGCAUUUCUGGUCCUGCCCUUCUUCCCGGAAGAGAGUGAUCGCUUUGGCGUGAGCGUUACCAGUUCCAACCUCAACAACGACAUUCCCACUUGCUACAAGUACAAUACAUCAACCGGUGUGUAUGACUGGUCUGAAGAAUACAUGUCAGGUGGAAAGAAGGUCUUGGAACGAUUGUAUCCGAUAAUGUGCUUCGAUGGAAGUCGCGUGCCGAGCGUCCAAUGGAUUCCCAUCACCCACUUUCGCAGAUUCAAUGCCAACGACUGGGAUCUUGAGCAUAAAAUCAUUGUCAAUGACUACAUCGCGUCGCAGAAACGGAUUGUCCACCGACCAGGCAAGUCAUCAAGUUUGAAGACAUUUUUUAUUUACUAA